AUGCGUGGUUUGGCUAAGUGGACAGUGGCACUUGCCGCCCUCAUUGUUGGCCAGGCUUUGGCCAGCCCCCUCGCCAGAGGCCUCCCUGGACCUGUUCAGGUCACCCCAAAUCCUAACGGUUCUGUCGUCGGACCUGAUAACUUCCUGGGUGGUUACUGGAAGGGAAAUACCACCAACAGACCCGGGACCAACAAAUACGAGCAUAGGAUGAUGGAGGCAGCUGCCUCAUCUUCCGGCAUUCUUCCUAUUGAGCUUGUUAACAACAUACCUGGUUCAUCCCCUGGUUCCGUCAAUGCAUACAUUCAGGGACGAGACACGGCCGGCAACAUUGUUUUCGUGAGAGCUGACGGCAGCUUUUACUAUCCUCCUGGUACUGCCUCUGGUGUUCCUGUUCCGAUUACCGAGAACAUCGCCAUUCCUCUUGGUGGUCAAGGAUCUACCACCACCGUUACCAUCCUUAAUUUUCUCAUCUCUGGUCGUGUAUACUUAGCUCGCGGUGACCUCAAGUUCUUCAUGGUGUCGGGCGGUCUUGUCCAACCGUCUCCCGCCAACCCAUCUGAUCCCAGUGCCAACAUCGACUGGGGCUUCAUUGAAUUGACCAACGACCCUGCUGCUGGUCUGUUUGCCAACAUCAGUUACGUUGACUUUAUUGGUAUGAUUCUCGGCAUGUCUUUGACAUCCACUGAUGGCAGUGUCCAGACUGCUUUGGGUUUGAAACCCAAUGCCGUUCAAGACAUCUGCUCACACCUUGUCGCCCAAACCUCUAUUGACGGUCAGCCAUGGGCUAGUCUCUGCGAGACUAGUACUUCUGGCGACUAUAUCCGUAUCCUGUCUCCCAACCUCUAUAUCAGCACUCAUCCAGAUGCCUUUGCCAACUACUGGACCUAUUACGUCAACAACGUCUACUCGAGAUACGCCUCCCAGCCUCUGACCAUCAAUACCCAGAGCGGCCCCGGCAACGUUCACUGCACCACCGGAGGAUCCGAUACAAUGACCUGCGUAGGAAGCGAUGUUAACUUUCCCAAGCCAAAUGCUCGCGAUAUCUUCGGCUGCAACAGCGGUCCCUUCGUUGUUAGGGGAAACAUCGUCGACGCCCUCGUUGUGCCCCGGCUCUGCGCUGCUUUCAACCGUGGAACUCUCUUGUUGCCUGGUGGUGACGUCCAACCUAGCCUUAGCGCUGACCACUACUACACAACUUCUCCUUCCAACUUUUAUAGCAAGUUUGUGCAUGGCAACGAGGUUGAUGGAAAGGGUUAUGCCUUCCCUUAUGACGAUGUCAACCCUGAUGGAGAGAAUGCUUCUGGUUUGCUCUCUUCGCCCAACCCCCGUCUCCUACGUGUCACCGUUGGUGGCCCAUCCUCCUAA